AUGAGCACUAGCAGCAACACGUAUACAACUUCAGAUGAUCCCUCAACUGAUAUCACUAGUACGAUGGAUAGGGCACCAGGGGCCUCCGCCUCAUCUCUCUUCAGUUCUUCUUUGAUGACUGAUCAACAAGGUGAAAAGAUACGGAAUUUGGAUAAAAAAGUGGAGCGAAAUGAUAGUGGAAUUAUUUCAAGUAGUUAUGAUUUAAUAGAAAAGAUGAUGGAAAUUCGUGGAGAACUAAGAAAGGAACAACUCCCCUGGAUGGAAGAUUUUCUUGAUCAGAAACAGUUUGUUCUGCCAAAGAGCAAAGGGGAAGCACUUGAACGACUAAAUCUAAACUUGCCGUAUUAUGGUGCUAAUUACAUAGUAGUAUUUUACACAUUAACAUUACCAUUUCUUGUGGUAUAUGAUCCAUUGUUUUUUUUACUUGUUUUUCUUUCAGCGAUUCUUCUUCAUACUAUUCAUUUACGAGAAAAAAAACGUUCUAGGUUUGCUGCGCAUAUAAGUAUUUCUGGUAUAUGUGUAUCCUAUAAAAGGAUAGUAGAUCUUUAUAUCAUUAUCCUAUUAGGACUUUUCCUUUUCUGGGAUGGCUUACGUACGGUAGGUAUAGUGUUACUUAUAAAUGGUUUGGUUAUUCUUCCACAUGCGGUUUGGCGUAGACCAACAUAUUUUGAUGAUGAAGAGUUGGAAAAACUACGACCCAAGAUGGUACAAUAUAUUAUAUCUCUAAUAUUGUUGAUUCUGGUCUAUCUUGAAUGUAAAGGAGCUCCUAUGGGAAUGGAUAAGAAAUACCGUCAAAAGUAG